AACGCACACCACUCGUCUUUCAUCCAGUCCCAUGCCCACGGCGCACAUGGCAAGCGCCUACCUCUCAAGCUUCCAGCAGGCCGCCCCCACCGCCACCAGCGGUGGCGCCGGCGCGUCACCGAGGCCGAGGCCAAGAGCGGUGGCAUGCCACGCCUCCGAGCCGUCGGGCACGGGCAGGCGUUCAGCUUGCCUCCGCCUUGGCAUCGGCCUCGCCACCUCCGUUGUGCCUGUGCUCCACACCGCGCCCGCCCGCGCCACCGCUGACGCCGACGAGGACCCGGAGCCGGCCAACAACGGCUGGUGGCUCACCGAGUUCCCCUUGCCGGUGCCCAAGAUCCGCAACAAGGAGAUCAACAAUGGCGAGUCGGGGACGCGGUCCUUCGUGAAGAAUGGCAUCUACAUGGCCGACAUCGGGCCGAGCUUCGCGGCGCACGCCUACCGGAUACGCAGCUCCGCCUUCGACCUGCUGGCGCUGGAGGACCUGCUCGGCAAGGAGGCCUCCAACUACGUCAACAAGUACCUCCGCCUCAAGGCCACCUUCAUCUACUACGACUUCGACAAGCUCAUCACCGCAGCCGACCCCGACGCCAGGCCGCCGCUCCUCGGCCUCGCCAACCGCCUCUUCGACAGCUUCGAGAAGCUGCAGGCCGCCGUCACCACCAAGGACGACGCCGACAUCGGGUCCUGCUACGCUGAUACCAAGCUCAUCCUGCAGGAAGUCAUGACAAGAAUGGCCUAGCUUUUAGCUAGCUAGCUAGCUCGCUAGGACAAACGCUUCUUUAAUUUUCUCCGAGACAACAACCCAAAAUUCUAUGUACAUUUGGUGAUACUGAGAAAUAUCACAGAAUGGAAUGCUUCUUCCCAGCAA